UUGCGCAGUUUGCGUGCGGUUUUCGGAGCUAAAGGACGCAGCAGCGGCAACGCCAACGGAUAAGCCAAGCGCCAACGAAUCAUACUAGCAAAAAAAAAAAAAAUAAAAAAAAAAAAAACAGAAAAAGAAAAUCAACAACAACAACAGCCUGCUAAGCAAAACUAUUGUGAACUGAGUGUGUGAUUGUGAUUGGCACGCAAAGGCUGCGCAAGGACCCUUGGAUUACCUUGCGGGGCCCAAAACGAAAAUAGAAGAGGCAGUCGACGAAGAAGAAGAAGAGGGCGAAUAGCAUCACCAGCAGCAGAGCAGCAGCAACAUCUUUUGCCGAACUCAUUCGAGGCGCGCAGCAAAGGCGAGAACAGAGAAAAUAAAAUAAAAUAAAAUAAAAAAUAGCAAAAAAAAAAGAGAGACGAAAGCAAAGCAAAAGCAAAUAAAAAUAGGAAAAAAAGGAGAAAGGAAAACACGAAGCAGCAGGCGAAACGCGCCGCGUUAAGUGCUAAAAGCAGCAGACCAUUUUUUAUUUUAUGCCUUUAUUUCCUUCUAUACACACACACACACACACAGAUAUAUGUAUAUAUAAAUAUAUAUGCACAUAUAUAUAUAUAUUUUAUUUGUAUCUUGAAAUUUGUGUGCCAACAAAGAGAACGACGCCCGCCGGCAACAGCAGCAACAGCAGCAACAGCAGCAACAGCAGCAACCGCAGCAGCAGCAGCAACAGCAGCAGUUGUAGCCGGGUCCAAAGAAAAGCCGCGGCGCUGUAGCCGCAGAAAAUGGCCGCAGCAGCAAUAGUAGCAGCAACAAUAACAACAACAACAACAACAACAACAGCAGCAGCAGCAAUAAGUGCCACAGCAACCACUCAAGCAAGAGCAACUGCAACAGCAUAUUGAGCGAAUGAAUGAAAGCGGCGACAGCUGCGACGGCUGCGCGGACUGCUGAAGAUGUUGAUGAAGAUGAAGACGAAGAUGCCGAGCAGCCUGAAGUGCAACACGACAAUGCCAAGUGCCAACAGCAACAGCAACAGCAACAGCAGCAGCAACAGUAAAGGAGAAAAUUAAGUGCCAAAGGCAACAGCAACAGCAACAGCAACAGCAGCAACAGUUGCAGCAAAAUCAAAACUAAAUUUACAUAAGAAAACAAGAAAGCACGAGCCAAGCACAAAGCAUAAUCAAAAUAACAGCAACAGCAGCAGCAGCAGCAGCAAAGCCAACAACAGCAACAGCAACAGCAGCAGCAACAGGAGCAGCAACCGCAACAUGGCAGUUGCUGCACGUAGCUGUAAUGGGCGUGGCCAGGCAGCCAUCGCCCUGUGGUUAAUAUUGCUGCUGGUCGGCGACAGCGGCAAUGGCCAGGCGCAAGCAGCAACAGUUGCCGCCACAGCAAGUGCAACAGCCACACAGCGUUUGAAGUUUGGUGUUGCGGGCGACACGCCCACACUGACAGCGACUACAAAGCAUGAGCAACAGCAGCGUCAGCACAGCAGCAACACCACAGCAACAACAGCAGCAGCAGCAACAGCAGCAACAGCAACAGCAGCAACAGUUGCUAAUGCAAGUAGCCAGUCAAUAACCACCGCAGCGCCAACAACAACAACAACAACUGACCAGCUGACACACUCGGUGGAUGCGGUGGUGCGGCUGCUGGACUUGGAAGUGACAGCAGCACCACCGAUUGGCAGUGGACACGAUGGACUCAAGCUGACCAAGAAGAAGCAGCUGCAGCAGCAACACUUUGCCACAGCAGCAACAACCACCAACAAAAUGGAAAUAGAUACAACUAGCGCGACCAGCACCACCAGCACUACCAGCACCACCAGCACCACCAGCACCACUCCAGAUAGCAGCACAGAGCCCGAGCUGUUGCCCGUGCCGAAUGGCUAUUUGGGACCCAUUUUUAUGGGCGAGAAAACGUUUAGUGUGGCUCAUCCACUGAAGAAACCACUGGCGCCCGACCACCAGGAGGUGGCACAGCGACCACCGCAUGACGACACCAUCGAGCAGCAGCUGCGGGAGGGACGCAUCGUGGAGAUUUUAGCGCCCACAGCUCUGCUCGAAUCGAACAUUGAGAGCAGCUCGCAGCGACCGGCAACCACCACCAGCAGCACCACCACCAGCAGCAGCACCACCCUGCCGGCUGCACCACACACGCAGUCAGUACUGUCAACAACCGUCUUUCAGGUGCCGGAGCCGCAGAGCAGCACCACCCGUCUGCCCAUGGCAGCGGCUGAGAUAACGGUGUCCGGGUCAGCGGUGCUAGCGGCACCACCGCGCACCGAAUCCAAAAUAUCGGACAUACAAAUCGAGGUCUACGACUCGACCGUCGACUCGAUAGUGGCCUCCACGAAUUUCCGCGACACGCAGGGCUACUACCCGAAGCCGAUGGAGCCAGCGGUGGGCACCACCAAGCCACCCAGCUCGCCCAUGGCCCAGGAGCGCUUCACCCAAUACGUAAUCGAUCGCGCCGAUGUCUCCACCCAGCCGGCCGCCGGCAUGGGCCAGGCUGUCCCGGGCGGCGGCGUGGGCAAACCCGAGCCAGCUGCCAUCGAGAUCCACAUCAAUGUGUCGGAGGCCUUUGGCAACGAGAGCGAGGAUCUGGAGUUCUCCUAUCGCCAGCCGGCGGUCGGCGAUGCGAAGGCCAGCAAGCCCAACGAUGAGAUACUCGUCGUGGAGAUCAUCGACAACAGCACCGAGAACAUAUCCAGCGCCAGCGCGGAGCACUUGAAUCUCAGUUCGAUGUUCAGCUAUCCGUACCACUCGGACGCACCACCGCCGGCUGUGCGUCCGCCGCAGGAUGCUGCCGACGAGCUGUUCAUGGCCGAUACGAAGGGCGGCGAUCGGGCUGGCCUGCCGAGGCCACCGCCACCGCCGCCGCCGCCGCCGCUGCCACGCAAGCCGAGCAUCGAUCGGGACUCGGACACCAUCUUCUAUAUAUCGAAUACGGAGGUCAAGGUGGGCGAGUCCCUGCCCACGGCCAGCUCCAGCAGCGAGCAGCAGCAGCGUAAGCUACAGUUCGAGAAUCAGUUCUUUCCGGCCAGCUACAGGCAGGAUCCGUCGCAGUCGCAGUCGCAGUCGCAGUCGCAGUCGCAGCGCAGCUCAGCAGUCACAGCCCGCUAUGAGGAGGACAUUAUACUCUCGCCGCAGCAUCACACGGCCGACGCGCUAAAGAUUCUGCGCAGUCCCAGCUCCAGCUCGGAUGGCGCACCGCCGCUGGACGUGACCUAUGUGGGUGAGUCGGUGAUUGAGGUGGAGCAGCAGUCGGUGCCGCCACAGGUUGCCGCCAGCUCCCAGCAACCGGACAUAAUCAUACAGCCAGCGGUGUUGCCCGACCUGGCGAUCGGAGUGCCCGUUAUUGGGGAGCUGCCGCCGCAGAUCGAGCUCAAGGAGAUCGACUAUAUGCCGGGCGAGCUGAUCGGCCAGGGGCGCAGCAUCUAUGAGAACGACAUCGAGAGCAACGGGCUGGGUCUGUCCAGCGAUCCGGAUGUCAUUGAGAGCUCCAUUCAGUAUGGCGGCGAUCUGAUCGAUGACGGUGCUGGCGGCGGCUUCGACGGCGUCGAGGGCUCCUAUCCCUUCGAGAGUCCCACGCAUCGGCUGCAGCAGCAGGACGCAGAGCAGGCGCAGCACGCACUCAGCCAUCAGUCGAUCAAUCAUGGCUUCAGUCACUUGCAUCGCGAGGAGCUGCCCAUGGCGGAGCUGCUCAAUGCCACGCUCCAGUUGCACAAUGAGAGCGUCAAGGGCACAAAGUCGGGCGCGGCCUCUGCCAUGGCGCCGCUGCUGCAUGGCGAGCGCAUGGGCAAUGCCACAGCCCUCUCCGAGGAUCCGCUGGCCAACUACGAUGGCUUCCUGAAUCUCUUUGCCGUUUCGAUGGGUCUCAUCAUAGUCGUGCUGCCCGCCGGACUGCUGACCUCCAUGUAUUGCGCCGUGCGUUAUUUGCUGAACAAGAAUGCGAAUUCAAGUGCCGCUGGCGAUGACAGCGAGCAGGGCCACGGCCAGGACUCUAAGCAUGAGUCGUCGUCGUCGUCGUCGUCCUCGUCGGUCGCCUCCUUCUCGCCGCCGACAUCGCAGCCGAGCAGUCAACAGGCAGCUGCCGCAAAUGCGAUGCCAAAUCGAAACUCGAGUCCGGAACUGAAUCUCAAUCCGAAUGCAUCGCUCAUUCGUUCCAUGUCGCUGGCGCUGGCCAGCGGGGUGCAGUGCAUUGAGUUUCAAUUCGAGACGAGCCCCGAUAUUCUGACGCCCCCAGCUACGGGCGCUGCCACGCCCACAAUCUCUGGCGCCGCCUUCACGUUCAGCGGUUCCGUCACAAAGAUGACGCUCAAAGAUAAUCAUCUAAUUGUUGUCACCGAAGAGCGACAUGACAUUUCGCGCAACGCCCGCGAGACGAAGAUGCACACGGACAAGGACGGCGUCUUUGUGGUGGAGGUGGCACGCGGCAUUGACUCGAAACAGCCGCCGGAUAGCCCCGCCGCUGGCGUAGACAUCACGGAGCUGCCCUUCGAUACUAGCAACAAGCUGUCGACGCUGGAGGAGCGCAGCCUGCCGCCCAGCCACGAACAAGUCCAGAUCCAUGCACCACCCAGCGAUUUUGCCAAUCAGCCAGCUGCAGUCGGCGUGGGCGCAGCUGUGGGCCUGCAGCUCAUCGAGGAGGAGCAGCUGCUGCCGGAUGAGGAGCAUGACACUGACCGCCAGCAGCCCAUACAGUCCCAAACGGGCCUCUCCCAGUCUGACUUGAGCUCCACCUCCUCGAGCGACUCGAACAAGCGCUACUCCUAUGGCAACCAGGAGCUCUAUGUCAUCGAGCAGCCUGGCUAUGCCAAUGACUCGCCCAUGGUGCUUAUGUCUCAGCUGGAAAUUGGAGCUGCCAAUGUGCCAGAGCGAAUGCCGGAGCAGCAGGAGCCACAGGAGCAGCAGGAACAGCAGGAACAGCAGGAGCAACAGGAGAAGAAGGAGCAGCAGGUGCAGCAGGAGCAACAGGAUCAACAGCAGCAGCAGGAACAGCAGAAGCAGCAGGAGCAGCAGGAACAGCAGCAGCAGCAGGAGGAACAGGAGCAGCCGGUGCCAGCACCAGCUGCCUUUGGAAAUGAGAACGAAACAGAGGCUGGGCAGAUAACUGUGAAUGUGGAAGAUGCUAAGGAGCAGCAGGCAAAGGAGGAACCAGAGAACAAUUAUGACAGCUUGAUGAGCCUGCCGGCGCCGCCCUCAACCGAGGAGAUUAAGGAGCUCAACGAUUUUACGCUGAUGGAAUCGAAUCAAUUGGAUUCAUUGCCGCCACCACCGCCACCGCUCAGCGAGCCAGCCAUUGGAAAUGGACACCAGCACAACGAGGACGCGGAGGAGGAGGAAGAAGAGCAAGAGGAGCAGAAACAGAAGGAGCUAAAGGAGCAGGAGCCGAAACAGCAGCUGAAGCUAGCCAAUGGCAAAAUUUGCGCACCACCAAACACCGCUGAACACACCAAUGGAACUGGCACCGGGCAGGAGCAACCAUCGACUCUGACGCCGCCGGCCUCGCCCCCCGCCUCGCCCAGCGGUGCGACAUUGUGCGCUGGGAGCCUCGCGAACGGCAUACAUGCGGUGCCGCAGCCCAUGGCCGUCGAUGUGAAUGGCAGUUAAGAAGAAGACGAAGAAGAAACAGCAUUAUGAAGAAGAAGAAGCAGAAACUGCAAGCAGUGAAAGAAGGUAUGCUAUGCAAGAGUACUCAAUAUAUACUAAUCUCUAAGCUAUUUAGAAACUCGAUCAACGUGGGUGUUGUUAUAUUUUUUUUUUUGCAAGAGGUGGGUGAGUGUUCCCACCCAUACACAAACACACAUGUGUGUUCGUGUGUGUCGAAUGGUUAGGCUAGACUAAGCGUUAGGCAUCAUAAAAUAAUCAAAAAAAAAAAGAAAAAAAAAAUUAUUAAAAUAAAAAUAAUGCUAAAA